UCCCUUUUCUUCCAAAGAUAUUAGACGUCACUACAGGAGAAAAUCCCGCCCGGGGCAAGAUAAAAAUUCUAAAACCAAACAAAGAAGGUUAUCUUAAAUUUUAAUAUAUUUAUAGUGUUUUCACUCUAAAAUAGCAUAAUUUAUACACAGAAAACAAACAACAUUAUGUCAUACUUCUUAAAUGGAUAUCAAUGAAAUUAUGUUAUAAUUAAUAUGCGUGACAUUAAGUUAACAAUAGUUUUAAAUAAUUCCCAGUAAUAGGGGCAAUGUCCCCUUUACCCCCCUGCGGGCGAUAUUGGGCAUCUAUGAAACCUAUUUCAACAACCAGACGGACGCCUACGUUCAAUCCGAAAUGGAUACCGACGCCAACGUUCACCUCGAAACCGAUAACGUUGGCGACGUCCUAGAAGCCGACGACGACGACGACAUCAACGCCAAGACCAUCCUCAGACAACAGUUGUCAUUACCCAACAAUUAUGAGUCAAACAAAGAGGUAAAUCACCAACCACCAUCAGCUACAGACUCUAACACUAUUUUUCAAAGAGAAAUAGUUGAUAAGGAUCCAAACGAUCAUACGUAUGGCGAUGGAUUUGAAAUUGACCAAAUGUUUGGUCUGAUGAUAAUAAGAGGCAUAAUUCAUUACCAUCUCAAAUGAUGAAAAGGCAUUCAUUCUGGUGAAAUUGGAAUUUCAUCUAAAUUAUAUUUAACUAUUUCAGUAUUUUCAUAGUAUUCCAUAGCACAAAAUUGCACAUAACAUAUUUUAUUUUUUAUACUUUGUAUUACAUAAUUUUUUAUUAAUUUAAAAAAAUUAUAAUUUUUUAAUUUUUCUCGAUUAAUCGGUAUACCUUUAUAAUAUGUUGUGUGUAAUCUACAAGGUAUAAUUGUUUGAUCUAUAUCAUUUUUUUUUUAUGUCGAUAAGAUUUCAAAUGAGCAGACCAAUUUUUGUA